CCCCCCAAACACCUCUGAGCACCGUUUCUUGCACUAAAACUCUCAGAAACCCUAACUUUUCAUCAGCAUGGGCUUGGAUUCUCUAAAAGAGAUCGGAGCUUCAGCGUUAACGAACCUAGUCACUACAUUCAUCUUUCUCCUAGCAUUCGCAUUUCUAAGGAUUCAACCCGCCAACGACCGAGUCUACUUCUCGAAAUGGUACGUUCUCGGCCAAAGAUCGAGCCCGGCGAAGAACCGGACGAAGAAUUCCUCCGUUGGGAAGUUCGUGAAUUUGAAUUUGUGUUCGUAUUUUACUGUGUUCAAUUGGAUGCCCAAGGCUUUGAUGAUGAGGGAGAAGGAGUUGGUCGAGCACGCAGGGUUCGAUUCUUUUGCUUUUCUCAGGAUCUACAUUCUCGGGUUGAAGAUAUUUUUCCCCAUAACAAUCCUAGUUUUAUUGGUCCUUAUUCCUGUCAACGUGUAUCAUGGGACGUUGCUCAAACUUCAGAAAGAAAUAGUAUUCAGCAACAUUGAUAAGCUUUCAAUAUCAAACGUUGAUGCUGGAUCUAAACUGUUAUGGGUUCACCUAUUAUUGGAGUACUUACUCACCAUGUGGACUUGCUUUUGCCUCUAUAAGGAGUAUGAUAGUAUAGCCUCCUUAAGAUUGCAGUUUCAGGCAUCGCAACAUCGACGUGCUGAUCAAUUCACUGUCCUUGUCAGAAACUUCCCACAUAUCACUGGGGGUACAAUAUCAAAAUGUGUGGAUGAUUACUUUCAAAGGAACCAUCCUGACCAUUAUCUAGGCCACCAGGCUGUAUACAAUGCAAACAAAUUUGCAAAGCUUGUGAAGAAAAAGAAAAAACUCAAAAACUGGUUGGACUAUUACUGUCUCAAAUUUGAGAGAAAUCCAGAUAAAAGGCCAACCAUAAAGAAAAGGUGUCUCGGCCUUUUUGGUGAAAGAGUGGAUUCGAUUGAAUCCUACAAAGAGAGGAUCAAAGAGCUGGACAAGAAGUUGGCAGCUGAGAAGGAGAUGGUUCUUAAAAAUCCCAAGGCCGUGGUUCCUGUAGCUUUUGUUACCUUUGAUUCAAGAUGGGCUGCUGCUAUUUGUGCACAGACACAACAAAGUAGGAACCCAACACGCUGGUUAACAUAUUGGGCACCUGAACCACGUGAUGUCUAUUGGAAGAAUCUCGCUAUACCGUUUGUUUCUCUUGGCAUCAGAAAGAUACUAAUGUCUGUUGCAGCAUUUGCACUCUUAUUCUUUUACAUGAUCCCUAUCGCCUUUGUGCAAACGAUUGCAAAUCUUGAAACUCUUGAAAAGUAUGCUCCUUUCCUCAGGCCAGUGGUAGAACAGAAGGUAAUAAAAUCCUUCUUACAGGGAUUUCUUCCUGGGCUAGCUUUAAAAAUUUUCAUGUGUAUCCUUCCAAAAGUUCUGAUGAUUAUGUCGAAAGUUGAAGGACACUUCUCAUUAUCAGCACUUGAAAGAAGGGCAGCAGAUCUAUAUUUUUACUUUAUCGUAAUAGAUGUAUUCAUGGGAAGCAUAGUCACCGGAACAGCUUUUGAACAACUAAAAUCUUUGCUUCAUCAGCCACCGUCUCAGAUUCCAAGUACUGUUGGUGUAUCAAUACCGAUGAAGGCUACAUUUUUUAUCACAUAUAUAAUGGUUGAUGGAUGGUCUUCUAUUGCCAGUGAGAUACUUCGAAUCACGCCAUUGGUCAUAUAUUCUCUUAAGAACAUGUUUUUAGUAAAAACGGAUAGAGAUAGAGCGAAAGCAAUGAAACCUCCACGCAUUAAGCUUACUGAUACUCUUCCAACUAUCCAGCUAUACUUUCUUCUUGGACUUGUUUAUGCGGUUGUCAGCCCAAUACUUCUUCCAUUUAUACUGGUUUCCUUUGCCUUUGCCUACCUUGUUUACAGACAUCAGAUAAUUAACGUGUAUAAUCAAAAAUAUGAAAGUGCCGGUGCAUUUUGGCCACAUGUUCACACCCAGAUGGUAAUAAGCUUGCUAAUAUCUCACAUACUUCUGCUCGGUUUACUCAGCACAAAGAAGGCUGCAUAUUCCACUCCAUUACUUCUCGCUUUGCCUCUACUGACAUUUUGCUUUCACAAAUAUUGCAAAAGUCGAUUCGAGCCUGCUUUCAGGAAACAGUCUCUAGAGGAAGCAAUGGAUAAAGACAUUAAAGAAAAAGCCACUGAACCCAGCAUUAAUCUUAAAGACUAUUUGGCUGAUGCAUACUUGCACCCUAUUUUCCAUUCAAUUGAGGAAACAGAGAUGAUUGAUAUCGAAGAUGAUCAGAGCCAAACAGAUAAAGGUUCGCCGAGGAGUAAUAUAGUCAGCUCCCCUUAUUCAUCUCCUAAAUAUUCAUUUGACAAUGUAUUCGAUGCAUAACAAUACAAACAUUUCUUUGAUGAAUGUUGGCUACUCUAUUAAUCUCAUAUUCAUUUCUUCAUUCUUUUUUUUUUCUUUUUUUUUCUUUUUUUCUUUUUCUUUUUCUUUUUUUCCUCCACUAAAAUUGUAAGAAUGUAAAUGUGUAUAUGACAGAUUUGUUUUUCGAUCAA